CCUAUGCCUUUAUUCGCACACCCAUCAUCUCUCCUCGCCAAAAAUCAGAGAACGGACAGAUGAAAAUACACGGCAAAAUAUUUAGUAUCAUCACUGGAGUGUACGCUUCUGUCAAGGGUUCUCAACAACAUGGAGAUAUAUAAUAUUCCUGCAAUAUGGCAUAAUCCUUUCAUCAGUGUGCAUUUCUUUCCGAAAAAUGAAUUAAUCGGCGUUGUCGGCAGAAAGAAAUAACGCUAUCCGGCAAGUAACUCCCUCGUUUUAUAUGGAUGUUACGAUAAAACUAACUGUAUUUCACACAGACGACACAUUUAUGGCUGAAACUGACAGUUCUUCCGAAAUAGACAGUGAGCUGAAGUGAAUACAACAAAGAUGAAUCCCUUCUAGAGGAGCUCCCUAGCUCGCGAAGGAUCAAGGUGAUAUUAGUAAAUCGCAGUCUGGGAGGGUUCAGCGGUGCGGAGAGGUGACGUUGACCGGAUGCGUGUAGCGGAGCGUGCCGUGUGGCUUUGACCAUGAGCCGGCUGAUGUUGGGCCGGACCCUGGAGCGGAUCUGCAAGGCUGUGCUGUUGCUCUGCCUGGUGCACUUCCUCAUCAUGAUGAUCCUCUACUUCGAUGUCUACAGCCAGCGCUUCGACAUCUUCAGCCGUUUCAACAAUGGCCGUGGAGCGAACAGCUCACGAGGACCCCACCACUAUUACUACAAUUUCUCCAGCGGAAGGCCCAACACUACCUUUGCAAGCUACCUGGCCACAGCUGACCAUCUUCUGCCCAGCACCAAGCCAGAGGCCAACCACACACCACCGACUCCUAAGCCAUUACCGCCAUGUCCGGAAAUACCUCCUGGCUUGGUGGGACGUCUCCUCAUUGAAUUCAGCUCCCAGAUAACCCUCGAGCGGGUGCAGAGAGAGAACCCUAAUGUGACAGAAGGGGGAAAAUAUACUCCUCCGGACUGCCGGCCAAAACAAAAGGUGGCCAUCAUCAUUCCGUUCAGACACAGAGACAACCACCUAAAAUAUUGGCUUCACUACCUGCACCCAGUCCUGCGCAGACAGAAGAUUGACUAUGGGAUCUAUAUCAUCAACCAGCUUGGCGAGGACACCUUCAAUCGGGCCAAGCUUCUCAAUGUUGGCUACACGGAGGCUCUUAAAGACGCAGAAUAUGACUGCUUCAUUUUCAGCGACGUGGACCUGAUCCCUAUGGAUGACCGGAACCUGUACCACUGUUAUGACCAGCCCCGUCAUUUUGCCAUUGCCAUGGACAAAUUUGGCUUCAGGCUGCCCUAUGCAGGGUACUUUGGAGGGGUGUCCGGCCUUAGCAAAAAACAGUUCCUCAAAAUCAAUGGCUUCCCUAAUGAGUACUGGGGCUGGGGAGGUGAAGAUGAUGACAUUUACAACAGAAUCACACUAAAUGGGAUGAAAGUGUCUCGGCCUGACGUGAGAAUCGGCCGCUACAGGAUGAUCAAGCAUGAGAGAGACAAGCACAAUGAGCCAAACCCCCAGAGGUUCAGUAAGAUCCAGAACACCAAGAACACCAUGAGAAAAGAUGGGAUCAGCUCGCUGAUGUACAGAGUGGUGUCAGUGAAGAAAUAUCCGCUCUAUACCAACAUUUCUGUAGAGAUCGGCAAGCCUCCACCCAGACCCCUCAAAGGAUAGAGAGCUACCGGUUCUGGACCGAGGACACCAUGAUCUUCUUAAAGUUCAGCACACGAACACACACACACACACACAAACUCUGCCCAGGGUCACCUUCCUAUGAUACAGCAGUGAUAUGCUGAACAGGUUAGUUCUCAGGAAUACAUGGAAGCUUGAUGUGGAUCCAUCGAUGUACUGUAGAUUCAUAUCCUGAUCCAGAUCAAGAUGCGCACAGUGUCUGAAGAGACGGAAAGAUCAUCCUCAUACUCCACUGGCUGCUUUGUUCAGACCUUGAGGAAUUCAAUUCAAACUUUUAGGCUCUUAACAAGAGGAUUGUUCUGUUCUGGUUUUGGAAAGUGACAUUGAUCUGUGAAGAACAGCCUGGUCACUUGAUGUAAAUCAGUCAGAACAUACUGUACAUUUCAAAAGCGAAUGUGUCUUUGUACCUGCGAUGCUUGCAGUGUUCAAAUCUCUUCUUUCGUAUCUCAGAUGUUGGUUGAUCAUGUGAGGUUGAUAAAUCGGCUCCUUUGGAUUGUGUCUCUAUCUUGCGCUCUCUUUUAUUUUGUAUCGUCUCUUGGCACUAAGCUGAAUUUCGUCAACCAUGAAAACCCUUUUCUGGGGAUGAAACCCUUGUUGGGAUGUCUUCAUGGGAACUUGGAGGACAGCUAUGUGAUGUGAUUAGACUGGAUCUGGACUAGUCCUACAAGCACAUGACUGUCAGUCAAUAUGGUACAAAUGGAUUGCCGCAGCAUAUCCUCGGGCUGCCGUGUAGAUGCCUGGAAAAAAGGCAAGAACUUCUGAAGAAGAGCUUCUGUAGAAGUUACUGAUGAUCAAAUCUAUCACCACCUGCUCAAAAUUGACCGCGCUACGAGCCGCUCUUUCUUUGUUUACUUUCAUUUGCCUCAAAGAUUCAUAUUUAGAUCUGUCAUAUAUCAAGGAUUUUUUUACAAACUUGAAGGAUGAAGUAAGCGAUGGGUGCUUUGAUCAAAAAAUGCCCAUGUCAUUCAGUUUUAGAGUCUCGCGUCUCUUUUGAUGAACAUCUUUGGGGGUGUUAUUUAAAUGAUUCUCUGAUAUGUCCAAUAUCAAAGAAUAUUCACCCAGGGUCCAAACUAAAUGUUUUGCCAUGAGUUUAAAUUUGAGUUAUUUGAGGAAAUUUACAGAUCUUACAGAAAUGAUUUCUAACAGGCCAUGAGUCAGCAUAUUUUUGUUUCUGUGGCAAAGGAACUGUUUUUAUUGCUGUGCUGUAAAACUGUCAAAAACACGGAGACCUAUUUUUAUGUUCCUCCAUGUUUUUGUUUUGUUAGCUUAAUGUGAAUAAUUUUCACUACCCUCCAAAAGUUUGGUGUCAGUAAGAUACAUUUGAAAGAAAUCAAUGCUAUUAGUCAACUAGUGUUACAGUUUACAUUUCAAAUAAAUGCUCUUCGAAUAUCUGUCCAUUAAAGAUGAAUCAAAUGUUAGACAGUUUCUGCUAAAAUUCAACAUUAGUAACAAUGAGAAAUGUUUCUUGAGUGCCAAUUCAGCAUAUUAGAAUGAUUUUUGAAGCAUCGCGUCACUGAAGAAUAAUGGCUGCUAAAUAUAUUAUCACAGGAAUAAAUGACACUUCAAUUAGAAUAGAAAACAGUUAUUCUAAAUUUUAAUAUUUUACAAUAUUUCAGUUCAUUCAUUUUUGAUCAAAUAAAUGCAGCAUGAAAGAUUUCUUUCAAAAGCACUAAGCAAUCUUACCGUCCACACACUUCCGAACAAUUCAAAACGGGGGACAAAUAACUUCAAAUAAAAACAAAACCAUAGGUAAAUUCUAAGGUUUAUAAUUCAUCUAAUAAUUUUCAUAAUUCAGAAAUGUUAUGUCGAGUAUCACUUGCAUUUGGUGUUUGGCUAAUGUUAAUUUUGGACCCUGCAUUCACCUCUUCCGAAAAGAACUGACUAACUGUAUUGAACUGCUUUUCUUUACAAUACUUUGCAGGCCUCUUAAAGUUGUUUUACAGUUCCUUAUUGUUUCUUCACCUUUUAUUUUAUUGCCUGAAAACACCGAGCUGAUGCCUUCAGAUGUAUUAUUAGGGGUAAAUGUGAGGGGAGUUCAAGCUCUUUUUUCUCUCUUAUCGGCUUUUCUGCGCCGUGUGCUGACGCUUCUUUUGUGCUAUCAAUGAUUCUUUCAGCCCAGCACAGAAGGAAGUCAUUAAUGAGAGCCCAGCCUCUCUCCCUGUCCUUUUUAAAAUACACAUUUCCUCGUCUUUGUCCUCAUGCCUUUCAUUUUAGCCUCACCAACCCAUUUCAUUUCUGUGUGUGCAUUUAUGUUGUCUUAACUGCUGACCCAAGCAGUCACUGUGUCACUACCAUUGUUUUUUUCUUAAGUAUUUCAUCACCUCUGUCUCGUGGGUACCACUACCUGUCAGUUAUCAGUGCAUCACUUCUGCCAUGCAGUAUUUGUACAUCGGCCAUCAAGCGAAAUAACUGUUAAUACUUACCUGACACAGUUUUGCCUCAAGCCCUUUGAUUUUUCGUGGAUUAAUAGCCUUAAAAGUUGACAUCCAUCUGUGCGCACUAUUCAUUGAUCAUAUUCAAUAAUAUUUAUUCUAGCCGUGACCUGCAUUUCAAAUGCUGAGAAACAGUGCUUUAGAAUGCAGCGAAUCCUAAACCUUCAACACAAAUGAGAUAUCAAGCCAGAAUCCUUAUUAAAAAGACAUUAUGUUCAUCCUAAAAUGUCCGGGCUAAUGAAAUAGUAAUCUGUUUCUGUUGGAGUAAAAUGAGAUUACUUCCUUUUCAUGUUCAUGUAUCAAAGCGCUUUUUAAACUGAAGAAGAGACAAUGUUGGAGCGAUGCGUUCAUAUGAAUUUUUUUUUUUUCAAAAUGCAAUCCAUAUGGUGUAUACAGAGUGAGCCGAAAGUCCAACAUAUUCAAGGCCUCACGCACAUUGUUGCAUGUAAUCUGUCAGGCUGGAUACAGCAUGAUAGUGUAUAAUGCGUAAUAUUACACCUUUACAUUUAUUUACAUAUCAAACCUAUUAUUUACAUAUAUAUAAUGACCUAUGAAAUUACGGACUUCUAGUAAGGCCAUGUAUUUGGAUGGUGUUAAAUCUGUAGCCGUGGUUCUUAUUAGUGAGGAAAAUUACGAAAUGUCAAUUUUUUAAGUUUGUCGGGGGAUACAAUCUUAAUUUUGCCCCGAUGGCAAAAAAAAAGCUGCUUAUAUUCUACAGUGUAGAUACAGAGUUGCGUUAUUCUUUAGUGUUUCGAAUGGAAUUUGAUUAUAUUACGAAUGUUUCAUUGGCGUUUAUAAAAGUGUAUACAUUUGAUCAUCAGAUUGUUCCAUUCCAAAGUCACUCAUUUUUCUUGCGCUAACAAUGCAAUCAAGUACAGCUCGCACAACUCCCAUUACCAACCUUGCAAAGCACAAAUGCAAUCCUUGACGUCAGGAUGCUAUUCCUCAGCAAAUCUCACUUUAUAGUUUUUUUAAAUCGCACCGGUGCCACAAAUGAAUACGCUUUUUAUUUUGAUGCUGUUCUUUUAUAUCACUCUUGGGUCAGCAAACCCUCCCAAGCCCGAAAGCUCGCACACACAGACUUGUGUACGUAAAGCUCACCCUCUCUCCUCCAUCACCCUUUUUGCCCUCAGUCAUCCAUCUGCGCUCGACGCUUAUUAAUGUGAGAGAGGGACAGAAGUAGGCAAGUAUUCCACACCUACACAACAACUUGCUUAAGAAACUACUGAAGGCCUCAGGUCUUCAUGCCUGGGGCACAUUUUUAAAGACUUACUGUGUCUAUCAAGGUUUUUGUACAUUGAAUGUCAAAAUACUAUAUCUUAUAUAGAAUGCAUUAUGUCAUAUCAAACAUACUUUUUGUAUACAAUCAAUAAAUCUGAUGCUACAAGA